AUGACAGCUCCUCCAGCAGCCCCGGGUCCCUCGUCGAUCCCGCUCUCGCCACACCUUGAAAAUACACAGAGCAGCACCUUCCAAACGGGGCUAGCCAUCCGCUCCUCGGUGAUGUCACCUUCAUUCGCCACACGCGCCCUCUCGUCCACCACGCCCUUCAACGCGCCGCUGCAGGAGGCAGUGACGUCGUUCGCCUGGGGUCAGGUAUGGUCGCGACCGGGUCUGGGUCGACGCGAUCGCUCGCUCCUCAACCUCGCCAUCCUCAUCGCCCUCUCCAAACCCACCGAACUCGCUGGACAUACCCGCGGCGCUCUCAACAACGGCAUCACAAAGGAGGAACUGGCAGAGGUGGCUCUGCACGCUGCGGUUUACUGUGGUUUCCCCGCCGCCCUCGAUGCUGCGAGGACGAUGGAGAGGGUCGUGAAUGAGGUCGAGGCGGAACAGCUGGCCGAGCGCGAGCGACAGAAGGAGCAGGAGCACGAGCACGAGAAGGAACACGGACACGAGGGAAAGAAGGAGGACAAGGAGCCCUGA